AUGGUAAAUUGGCCUCACCCAACAAACGUGACAGAAGUAAAAAGUUUUAUAGCCUUGGCAAGUUAUUAUAAAAGAUGUGUUGAGGGUUUUACCAUUUAUAAUAAUGCCUCCAAGAAGAUGUUGGGUUAUAUGUUAAUACAGAAUAAUAAGGUAAUUGCUUAUGCUUCUAGAAGAUGGUUGAAACUAAUCAAAGAUUAUGAUUUGACCAUCAAUUAUCAUCCAGGCAAAACCAAUGUAGUUACUGAUGCUCUUAGUAAAAAGUCCAUUGAUAGUAUGUUUGUUGGUUCAAUCAACUUUGAUCGAAAAGAUAAAAUUAGCAUAAAAAAAGAUAGUGAGUUGUACAUAAUCAAAGAAGAUGUGCAGAAUGGUUUGCGGUUAGAGUUUAAACUUCAUGAAGAUGACACACUACGUUUUGGGAACAAAUUAUGUGUACCAAAUGAUUUUGAACUGAAAUGA